GCCUAGCGUCUACCGCCCGAUCACCUCCCGCUAAGACAGCGUUUGCGCUUCGCCCAUACUCAAGUUCAAUGGUUGUUGUUGUUCGCCGUUGAAGUUCUCCUGACAGAAACGCUUCUAGCUUUUCAAGUCAAAACCGUCCAACACACGUAGUUCCAAAACAAAAAAGAGGCACGAUCGAUAGGCACCUGCUUUUGUAGCUUGAACGCCCAUGAUGAUUUGUUAGUUACAUUUGCCAAACCCUUAGCAUCAGGAAAAGCAGUGAAAACUGUGAAGGAUUCUAGUUAAAGAUCAUGGGAAUGGUCAUGAGCUUAAAUGCUCGCGACGUUCGAUCAGCCAUCACGUCAGACGCCCAAAAUCACCAUCAUUGCUGUAAAGACGCCAUUUUGCAUCCGACCACCAGCCAAACGGAUGAGCCAAAUAACAAAUCUCACGUUGGAAUUAUUCGGAACGAAAACGAUGUAAGAGACAGUCAGCUGGAGCGUAAUUUUCGUAAGUCAUCAACGUUUAUAAAUUCGCUCAGUUGGAAACGACUUUCUAACCCUGCUACCCAGAAAAAGAAAAUGGAAAUUCACAAUGCAACUAUCUCCAACCGCGUGUCUGUCUUGCGAACACCGUUGGAUAACGUGCAUCCUGUGCUCGAUAAUAACAAGAAUAUUCAAAAAGCACGUUACACUUUAAGAACGAAUGACUACUUUGAACCGACAUUUCAAACAAAAACUACUGUUCGUCCACCGCUGAUGCUGUCGGUAACACCGUUCGACUCGAAGGGUGUCUGCACUGGGAGUCGGAAAAUAGAAAACAAAUUUCAGAUGGAAGACAAACGGGAACCUAAAAUCCAACAAGUUGCUGACACAAACAAAAACAAUAAUAACAGAACGAUUGUUCUUAAUAAACCCGUUAAUAAAGCGAAGAAAACAGUUGUCCAAGCAUCGACGUCCGAACUUCUCCGCUGUUUUGGCGUUUUCCUAUACCGCCGGUGUCGUCGACUGAAAGAUUUUCAAGCAGCAGAUGCCGUAAUGUGGCUCCGGAUGGUCGAUCGCAGUCUAUUACUACAGGGAUGGCAGGAUAUUGGUUUCAUCAACCCGUCAAACGUCGUAUUUGUCUACCUGAUCGUUAGAACAAUAGUAACCGAGAAUGUCGAGUCUGAGCAAGAACUGCAGUCUAUCGUUCUGACGUGUCUGUACUUGUCGUAUUCGUACAUGGGUAAUGAGAUUUCUUAUCCCCUCAAGCCAUUUCUUGUCGAUUCCGACCGGAGUCGUUUCUGGAACCGCUGCCUCUCUAUUAUAGAUCGACUGUCAAAUGACAUGCUGCGGUUGAACUCCGAACCCGCUUUUUUUACCGAAAUUUUCAGUGAAUUGAAAUCUUAUGGCACUUCAACAUUCCAUUCUUGAAUGCUGGAUAUUCAAACUCAUGAUCUCAAGGAAUCAUACUUUUGUUUUCGUUUUCAUUUUUUUUUUGCACGAGUGGUGUGAUCCAGUGUUCCAUUUCAUAUUCAUGUCAUCUGAGUGGUUAAUCUUUUCACAGCUACGGAAAGGAGGCUUUGCCUCCACAUGUUGCCGAUGAAUAUCUGGUUGCUUAGGUUAAAUAUUCCCUAAAAGCCCUUGCUCUUUUCUAUGUCAACUACAAGUAGAAAACAAAGGCAGGUCUUCUAUGAUGAUGAAUUGAUAAACUUGAAUUAGGACGGCAUAAGUACACUUUACAUUAUUUCUUCUUUAGAACAUGUAAGGAGUUUCAGAAACCAACAAAAACAGUGCGUAACUAAACCGUGUUGUCAUGGGGGUCGAGCGAACAAUCUUGUGAAAAUAUACAAAAUAUGGUCAUUUGAGUAGUUCCAAAUCAUCCCUUGGAUCUCAGCAUUUAACAUUUUAAUCUAACCAAAACCUGUAUUUCUAUACAUAUUGCAACUGUUAAUUGUUUGUAAUAUUACAUACUGCAUCAUGUAAUAGUGUAUUGCCAGAUCAUAUAAUGAGUAUGUGACGUUAACAUGUGCUGAAAAAUCACUCUUUCUCUUUUGAUCUCCUUUAUGCAAAAUUAUUCCUGAUUUGUAUUACACAUGGUGCA